AUCAUCAUCACGACAAGAAUACAAGAAUAGCAACCAGGAAAACAACCGACUCAAACUCAAUUUUAAUCACCAAUCUUCAAUCUUCAAUCUUCAAUCUUCAAUCUUCACAAGAUGCACUCCACCAAGGUCACCUACCCCGAGCCUAUGCAGCUCACGGGCAUUCUCGAUCAAUACGAGUCCUUCCAGGUUACACCUUGCAUUGGCACCGAAUUCCCCAAGGCGAGCCUGGCUGAAUGGCUCUCCUCGCCCAAUGCCGAUGCUCUGCUGCGCGACCUGGCUAUUACUAUUGCUCAACGAGGCGUUGUCUUCUUCCGUGCCCAGACUGAGCUGGAUGGGGAACUCCAGAAGGAGCUCACCCACCGCUUGGGCGUGCAGUCUGGUAAGCCAGCUGGCCACCGUCUGUCCAAGCACCCUCUCCACCUCAUCCGCAAGGAUGACCCGGAGAUGGGUAUCCUCGACCCCGGCCGCCAGCAGAAGCUGCACGCCGUCGAGAACACACAGAAGCGUCAGCGCGCCGUUCUGGAGUACCACAGCGAUGGCUCCUAUGAAGUCUGCCCUCCUGACUUCACCAUGCUCCGCAUGACUGAGAUCCCCCCCACCGGUGGCGACACCCUCUGGGCCUCGGGAUAUGAGCUCUACGACCGCCUCUCAACCCCCUACCAGAAGUUCUUCGAGUCCCUAACCGCCCAGCAUGAGGUUCCCUCCCUGCGCAAGCUGGCUGAGACCGAACCCGGCAUCUACGAUGGCCCUCGUGGCGCCCCCGCCAACACUGACAUGCAAUUCAAGCAGUCCCACCCCAUGGUCCGCACCCACCCCGUAACAGGCUGGAAGACUCUCUUCGCAGGAGGCCUUCACUGCCGCCGCGUCAACGAUGUCACCGAUUUCGAGAGCGAGCAGAUCCUGAGCAAGAUCAUCUCCCUCGUCGGCGACAACCACGACCUGCAAGUCCGCUUCCGCUGGAACAACCCCGGCGAUGUUGCUAUCUGGGACAACCGUUGCGUCCUGCACUGUCCUACCCAGGACCACUACGGUCUUGGAGGCCGCAUGGGAUACCGCACCAUGGGUAUUGCCGAGACGCCUUACUUGGACCCUAACAGCCCUUCUCGCCAGGAGGCUUUGGCUGCUGCCGCUAAGUGAUUGCGGAAAGUGACUGUCUGAUCUUUCUUUGUGGCGCACUUGUUUGUCUUGCCUCGCGGUGAUUUAGUAUAUUGUUUGUUAUGUUAGAUGAUUGGCCUGAUGAAUGUUGCGAUAUGUUGAUUUUCAUAGAUCUCUUUUCAUAGAAUGAGAACAAGUGCUUUUAUGUUAUAUCGACUUUUCCUACAGAUGGCGUACUACUGCUCUGCGUAGAUUAUGGCAAGUCAGGAAUUGUGUUUCAUUAGUACAUAUCUCUUGCU